AUGGACCCCGCAAGCCUGGGAAUGGGCAUCGCCGGCCUAUUCGGCCUAUUCACAACAUGCAUGCAAUGCUUCGAAUACAUUCAAUACGGACGACGUUUCGGCAAAGACUACGAGCAAUCAGUCCUCAAACUCGAUGUUUCACGUCUUCGCCUCCAACGAUGGGCUGAAUCCCUCGAACUGCUCAGUAAUGACCCUAAGCAGCAAGUAUUGGUCGAGGCCCGACUUAGCAAACACGAGAAAGACAUAGCGAGGACAUUGCUGGGAAGCAUUGCAGAAGCGUUCGAAAAUGCCGAGACCCUGAGCAAAGGCUACGAGCAGAGGCAGAAACUGAUAAACCCCGCGGCAAGUGAGGAGGAGGCUGGUCUGGCGGUCAUAGAGAGUGAUGAGGAUGUCAGUAGCGCCAAUACGAGGUGGAAGAGUAUGCAUCUGAAAAUGAAAGCAAGAAUACAGAGCAGGCAGAAGAACAUGGGUACACUCCGCAAGGCGAAAUGGGCAUUGUACGAGAAGAAACGCUUCGACGAUCUUGUAAGAGACGUCAAGGACCUCGCAGACGCUCUGAUUGAGAACUUUCCCAAGACCAUACUGGUACAAGACCGGCUUGCUAUCGAGGAGGUGAAGGAGGUUACCGAAGAUGCGCAAGACAGACUGCUGCUGAAGAGUGCUGCUGAGGAGACAGAUGUUGUUCUUCAACGAGCUGUCGAGCAGGCCAUUCUUGUCCAGGACGGACAGCAAUUCAGCGGCAUCAAACUAUCUGGUCAAUCCAAAGUGUUCCUCGGGAACGACGUCGCGUACGGAGUGAAAGUAAAGGGCAACUCGUACAGCAAUCUGGUCAUCGACGGCAAUGCCGUUGUGCAUGCUGGGAAUGUGUAUCGUGGAAGAGGGCAGGCUCAAAUUGAAUUUAGCCAGGAAACACAAACUCGACGAGCUAUGACGGACAUUGGGAAUUCUCAGAGUUUGAUCCGGCGUUGGAGUCAGACUUGGUCCUCCCUGAACCAAUAUAUGUGCAAGAAGUAUAUGGUCAAACCACACGCCAGUAUUUAA